AUGGCUCACAGAGACGAAUCUGGACCCGGCAUCGCCCGGGCUUGGGGUUCGAACCCCUAUCCCCCUUCACGGCCUCCGUGCCCCUCCCUGUCUGCGCUCAACGUGAGAGUGCGGUGCCGCCUUUCGCUGUUCCUGAACGUAGGGACGCUGGUGGCGGCGUACUGGACAGCGCCGGCCGAGGAGCUAGGUUUCGAGUACUUGGAGAUCCGGCAGCUGGAGGCGCACGCCGACCCCACGGGCCGCCUGCUGGAUGCAUGGGAGGGACGUCAGGGGGCCUCGGUGGGCCGCCUGCUUGAGCUGCUCGCCAAGCUGGACUGCGAGGACGUGCUGAACGAGCUGGGGCCCAAAAUCGAGGAGGACUGCGGGAAGUAUAUUCUGAAGCAGCAGCAGGAAGAGUCUGAGAAGCCCUUACAGGUGGCUGCAGUAGACAGCAGCGUCCCACGGACGGCAGAGCUGGCAGGCAUUACCACUCUUGAUGAUCCCCUGGGGCAAAUGCCCGAACGUUUUGAUGCUUUCAUCUGCUACUGCCCCAGCGACCUCCAGUUUGUGCAGGAGAUGAUCCAACAACUGGAGCAGACAAACUAUCGGCUGAAGUUGUGCAUGUCCGACCGUGAUGUCCUGCCUGGCACCUGUGUCUGGUCCAUUGCCAGCGAGCUCAUUGAGAAGAGGUGCCGCCGGAUGGUGGUGGUUGUCUCUGAUGAUUACCUGCAAAGUAAGGAAUGCGACUUCCAGACCAAGUUUGCACUCAGCCUCUCUCCAAGUGCCCAUCAAAAGCGGUUGAUCCUGAUCAAGUACAAAGCAAUGAAGAAGGAGUUCCCCAGCAUCCUGCGGUUCAUCACCAUCUGCGACUAUACCAACCCCUGCACCAAGUCCUGGUUCUGGACCUGCCUCACCAAGGCCCUGUCCCUGCCCUGA